UGCGCAGUGUCACUGACUCAGUGCUGAUACAACCACGUUCAAAGUCUGUCGUCACGUGGUACAUGCAAGUGGCCAACGAAACACAAAAACGAACGAACUAUACGAAAUUUAUUAUAGUAAAUUUAUUGAUAAAAUCGGUUAAAUCUCGAUUUCAGUGUGUAGAUCAACUUCGUACUUUGUGAAGUGUGUGUGAGUGAACUGUACGGAGUCCCGUUGGCCGGUCAAAAUGCUAUAGCGAAGAGUGGAAAAUGAAGAUUCCGAAAUCGUUCAACCAGCUGUUGGGAUGACAAAGUGAGAAAAAAUGUCGCAGACACUGGGUAUGGGUGGUGAGAGGCGGUAUUCGGUGCCCUCCAACCCAAUGCUGCACGACCCUCGCGGCAUGCACUCCGAGGACUUGCACGCCUGGUCUAUUUACAGGCAAAACCUAAAUUCCGACUUUACUGACAGCGCCCUCGGUAGCACGGACAAAAGUCCGCUACCUUAUGGAAACUUCCAGCUUCGUGAUACGACUGUACAGUCAAUAUUGUCCCACCCAAGAUAUGGACCAAAAUCAGCACUGGGUUCCAAUAUGUACACUUACCUCAAGUUCGGCCUACCGCGCGUAUUCCCACCAAAUCAUAACGGAUCACAGCGUUCUGGAACGCCAAAACCAAAAACCUCAAUUGGGAGUGGAAUGAAAUCUGUUCCCAGGAUCCAGAGACAAAGCAGAGGCGUGAGAGAAACGUCAUCUGGUUAUGACAGUUCAGACAACGAAACCUCAACCAAUUAUAAAUACAAUCGGAAAUACCGCUCGGAUCCAGACUUCCGGUUACAGAAUAUGCAACAGUCUUAUCAGCAUGCCACUGGAGUGCCAUUAGUCGCGAUGCAUCAAGCUGGUAUAAGAGAAUCGCAAUGGGGGACUUCGAAGCAUAAAUCAGUGAGUGAAGCGAACCUGCUGGGUAUUGAUGCGCGUACGCAUCGCUCUUAUACAAAUAGACGGAACAGCGUCGCUGAUUUUGUACCAGAUAAUGAUCAUCAGAGCUAUUUGAUGCCAGCCUCACAUCUGGGAGGUCGUAUGUCGAAGGCCGGAAGCCAUAUGUCUGUAGCUCACUCCCGGAAGCAUUCCACACUUAGGCCUGGAGACCAUCUUGAUGGCUAUACCCACUCCGCGUAUAUAUACCCUAAUUAUUAUGUAAACAGUUUAGAAAUAACGUCACCCGAAAACAAAUCGACCCUGCUUGUCUCAGGGUUGAGUUUCGAGGUAAAGUCUGGAGAGAUAUUGGCGGUUUUGGCGACUUCUCAGUGCGAGGCCACUGGGCUCUUGGACGUUUUGGCUGGCGCUAGAAAGAAACUAACGGGUGACAUAGUCUUAAAUGGUCAGCCAGUUGCGUCUUCAACUCUUCGGAAAGUAGCAGCAUAUGUCCGUAAAGACACGUCCCUAUGUCCCUCUAUGACUGUGGAACACACUCUACGGUUCCAUGCCACCUUGCGCACGCCCAGACAUAAUAUGAACCAGGUCAAAAUGGAUGAUCGAGAUCGGAUAAACCUCCUGAUCGAAGAGCUAGGAUUGGAGCAAGUAAGAGAUACAAACGUAUCACGUCUAACUCGUUCUGAAGUCCGCCGUCUGAAUGUCGCGUGUCAGCUCUUACUUGACAUGGCGAUAUUAAUUUUGGACCAACCCACCAAGGAAAUGGAUAUAUUCGACACGUUCUUCCUCGUUGAGUAUUUGAGGAAUUGGGCUAGUACCGGUCGUGUCGUUAUUAUGUCGUUACACCCUCCUACAUAUGAGAUCUUCGCUAUGUUGACUAAGGUGGUGUUAAUAUCAGCUGGUCGCACGAUGUUCAGCGGUUACAGAAGAGACAUGUUGCCAUAUUUCGCCUCAAUAGAUUAUCCUUGUCCUGCCUUCAAAAACCCCUCGGACUACUACUUGGACCUCGUAACUUUAGACGACCUAUCAGCAGCCGCCAUGCUGGAGUCAUCAGGUCGAAUUGAGGCUUUGGCUGGAGUAUUUGCAGGCGCUCAUUCUGCCCCAGAACCACCAGCACCUGUUCCUCUACCAGCACCCGUCUCACGUGCCAAUGUUGCCGUCCAAGCAUUCGCUUUACUUGAAAAAACGAUGUUAUAUACGCAAAUGACAACGCUAUCUAAUGUCAUCACUCGAGUGCUCAUUGCCGCUGUCAUGUCACUCAUAAUUGGCACUAUCUUCUGGGAUCUACCUUCCACAGAUCCAAAGCUCACCCAAAAUGACCGUGUAGGAUUCCACUACGCAACAAUGUGUAUAGCUGCAUGGCCCAUAAUUCUAUGGAUGAGUGCUAGAGAAGCAAGUUCUAUGCGGCGCUAUGUCGAACGAGAUAUCGCUGUAGGCCUGUAUUCUAGGACCAUGUUUAUUUUUUUCGAUCAAUUUUUAGAGCUCUGGUCAGCGAUACUAACAUGGCUGGCGUAUUUGGUGCCAAGCUACGCGAUGUCAGGAUUGUAUGCGCAAGCGCCGGGCACAUUCGACGGGUUCUACGGUUAUUUAGGUUACACGGUGCUAUAUCUAAUAAGCAUACAAAUGCUAUGUCGUGCGUCAGUCUUCGUGAUACCGAUGGAGAAGACAGCUUCCAUCAUCUCCGGUUUCUGCCUAUUGCUGAGUACCCUGGUCUGUGGAGUUACCCUGCAUGAGCAGGACCUGACGAUGUUCACAAAGUGGCUGGAGUACGUGUCUCCAGCAAAAUGGGUGCUACCUGAAGUUCUAAGGAGGGAGCUGAGCGAAACUGCUUUGAGAAGUAGCAUCAGCAAGGAUCUUAGGUGUAAUAAUAAACAGAAACAACGUCUCGACAUAGUUGUUUAUUCUCCGCCCUGUCCACCCCCAAAUGGCACUCAAGUACUGGCGAACUAUGGCUAUUUGCGGACAAAUCGACUAUGGGAGGAGACCGAAGACAGUUUUCUUAUAUCAUUAGCAGUUUUCUAUGCCGUUUUCGCUCUAGUCGCUAUUAUUGCAUUUGUUUUUGAUUGCACUAAGUAUGCGAAAUCUAAAGAUAGAUCUGCGUUGAAAGGUCACAAAGUUACGGUAAACACACCGUGAAUAAUAAAAUUUUAUCUUGAAUAAUGGAUAUUACGAAAAUUGGAGUUAAACAAAUGAAUUCAUAAUUUAUCGGAUACAUUGAUGUUAUUAAAUUUAAAUAGAAAUUAAUUUAUGAUAUAGUUGUAAAUUACAUAAAACGAUUCCAAAAUUAUGAUUGCUAUAAAUUUGUCAUUAAAUGCAACUAAUCUAUAAAAAAAUAUUUGUGUAUAAAUAAUGCACGAAGACACAAUUCACGAAAUUUUGGAAUCAAAUCUCUGUUACACCUGUAUUAGAUUAUUGGGUCUGUACUUAACGAUUUUUCGUCGAAUUUUAAAUCCAAAUGGUUGUAAGAUGGUGCCCGUUCUUUCUGGUGCUUUUUGGUUAUGAAGUACUUUUUUAUUUUUAUUAUAUUUGUACCAGACGUAAGUCUACUUUAGAUAUUUUUAGUGUUUAAUCUCAAAACGUCUCAUUAUAAAGUUAUAGAAAGUUUGUGUGAAAGGGACAGUACUACAUUUUACCAAUGAAAGCAAAGCGUUCUACAAGAAUUUUAAAUAAUUAUUUUUACGACAAUCACUUCAUAGCUUUAUUCCCUCUAAAAAAAUUAUCCUUUAUAAUGUGUCUACAUUAAACUUUUUCUCAUCUUCCUUUUACUAUAUACUACCCAUUAUUAUAUGAGCUGUCGUAAAUAUAUAGAAAUCGGCACCUCAACUGUCCCGUUACACUGUAAAACUAAUAAUAAUUUCAAUACUUUUUCAUUUAUAUAAAUGAUAAUCUUUCAACAACCGUGCCGCUCAUAUCGCAAAUUGGUAUUACGUAGUUCGUUGGCUAUUGAAAGAUACAGAGUAGGCUUACUGGUAUAACCUUUUAUUAUACUUUAGUUUAGUGUUUUAGCGUGAUCUAUGUACAAAUAUUAGCAAAUGUGAAGGCUGAAAUUCGUCUUCCGUCCAUAUCUACUUAAAUUUUAAUUAAAUUAAGUGUAUAAAAUUGUAUAUUUUAUUUGUAUUAUUAGCAUUGUGUUGGUAAAAAUUUUCACUGCCGUUUCAAUGCUUUAUUCUUUAUAGACAUCUCUCAAUUUAAACUUAUAUUUCAGAGAGACUGGUUUAGGGAGCGUUCAAGUAUUACGUAACGAAUUUAAGGGGGGGGGGUCAUCUUGUA